CUCUGCGCAACGUGUGCCUUUUUGUAACUUCUCACAAAAUUUUGUAGCCUUCAAAGACACACAAACACAAAUCACUCAUUCUCACACCCACACACUCUCUCUCUCUCUCAUCUUUCUUUCCUUCUUUAGUACCAACAAACAAAUAUCCUAAGACCCUUAACCUUCACUUCAAGUUUAACCACUCCUACAGUGAGAGAGAGAGACAGAGAAAAUGGGUGUGGACUUGAGGCAAGUAGUUGCAGGGAUACUGACAAUAACCAUGUUUGUGAUGCUUGGGAACAUGAUCAAGCGUGACCAUUUUGAUUCUGUUGAAGAAAAGCUUCCAGGUGCAGGAGGCAAUGUUAAUUUAGAUGGUUCUGAGCUUGAAGAGCAGGGUCUUAUUUCUCAUUCAAAAAAGAGUGGGGGUCUUUCGAUGGAGGAUGGCCAUUAUCUAAAACCAUGUUGGGAUAAGCCAAAUUUGGACGAUGUAGAGUCAACAGAAGGGUUUGUGACUUUCUCAUUAACUAAUGGCCCUGAAUACCAUGUCUCGCAGAUUGCUGAUGCAGUUGUUGUGGCAAGAUAUCUUGGAGCAACUCUUGUACUUCCUGACAUUAGAGGAACCAAUCCAGGUGAUGAGAGGAACUUUGGAGAUAUUUAUGAUGUUGAGAAUUUUGUAAAAAGCUUGGAUGGGGUGGUUAAAGUGGCAAAAGAUCAGCCUUCUGAAAUAUCAACAAGAAAUAUUGCUGUUGUCAAAGUUCCUAAUCGGGUGACAGAAAACUACAUUGUAGAACAUGUUGAACCUGUUUAUAAGCAAAAGGGCAACAUACGGCUUGUUACAUACUUCCCUUCAGUGAAUAUGAGAAAAUCAGUAAAAACAAGUUCUACUUCUUCUGUUGCAUGCUUGGCAAUGUUUGGAAGUUUGCAGUUACAACCAGAGAUUCAAGAGGUUGUUGACUCAAUGGUUGAGCGUCUAAGAACUCUGAGCCGAAAGUCAGAUGGCCAAUUUAUAGCUGUGGAUUUGAGGGUUGAUAUGUUAGAGAAGAAGGGUUGCCAUGAAAAUGGUGAUACUGGAAGAAAAACUUGUUAUAGUGCACAAGAGCUUGCUGAAUUUUUGAAGAAGACCGGGUUUGACAAGGAUACCCCAGUCUAUUUAACUGAAUCAAGGUGGCAAAGCAGCCUUGAUGCUCUAAAGGAUCUCUUCCCUAAAACGUAUACAAAGGAAAGCAUAAUGCCUGCAGAUAAAAAGGCAACAUUCUUGGAUUCCGAAGGUUCUGAAUAUGAAAAGGUUAUUGACUUCCAUGUAUGUUCUCAGAGUGAUGUUUUUGUACCAGCCAUCUCUGGCCUGUUCUAUUCCAAUGUGGUCGGUAAGAGAAUUGCUGCCGGUAGGAUUCAAACACUUGUUCCAGCCAAUAUUAGAGGGUCUUCUGCUUCCGCCUCGGAUUUCAUCACUCCUUAUGUGACUAAGAAGAAUCACUUGGCUUAUUCAUGUUUUUGCUAGUCACAACGCUAAGAAACCCGAAGAAAGUGCAGGACAGGUGCAUUGAAUCCUUCAAAGAAGGUAUUACCAUUACCUUAAUCAAGUUUUUCAAGUAAGCAGACAGGACAGAUCAAUCAUGUUAUUUAUACGUGACUUGGGUUUGAAGUACCCUAAUUUUUAUUUAUUUUUUCCUGUUAAGGUCAUUUCUUAAAAUGUCUUCAUUUAUUUUUCUUUUUGAUAGAUAGAAGUUUUCAAGAUAUGUUGUUUGAUAUGAUAUGUUCACAAGACUUAACACUAUUUAUGUUCUUUGUAAAAUUGGUGUAAGUUUCUUUUGUACUUGGUUGAACGAAAGGAUUGUUUGUAGUCAUUUGAGAUGCUGUAUUGGUGCACC